AUGGCUGCUCUUCAUCGAGCAUCAGCAUUACUUCAUGAUCAACGAUUAUCUUUAAAAAUUGGCACACCAAUCACAAUAACAACAACUGAUACUAUACGAAAUCGAAUUUUAUCUUAUAUUAUAUCAUAUAUGUAUAUAUGUCUUUGUCCAUUAGAUGCAAAUGUAAAUGAUUCAUUAAUGCCACAUAAAUAUGCUAAAGUAAUAAUGGAAGAUUUUGAUGUAUUUCGUGAACGUGUACAAAAUUUGAAUAUGUCACAACAAGGUGAAGAUGAGUUACAACUGCCUGUUUUUCGUCCAUUACAUAUUGAAAGAAUGAAAAAUGUUUCGAUUUUAUUUGCUGAUAUUGUUGGUUUUACUUCAAUGUCAUCAAAUAAAAGUGCAUCACAAUUAGUUUCAUUAUUAUCGGAUUUAUAUGGACGAUUUGAUAUGUUAUGUGUGCAAAUGUCUUGUGAAAAAAUCGCGACAUUAGGUGAUUGUUAUUAUUGUGUAAGUGGUUGUCCUGAACGACGAGAAGAUCAUGGAAAAUCUUGUGUUUUAUUGGGUUUAGGAAUGAUUAAUGCUAUUGAAGAAUUUGAUCAUGAUAAUAAUGAACAAGUUGAUAUGAGAGUUGGUGUUCAUUUAGGUUCAGUUAAUUGUGGAAUUGUUAGAACAAAAAAAAUAUAA